AUGUUGCGCAGAAUAAUAUAUGAACUGAUAACGUCUGUUAUGCUCAUACAAAUGGCGUCAAGUGUUGGCGAAAAAGCGUUCAAAGCGUGCAAAACCUACGGGCAAUCGAUGCUAGAAUGUCACAAUGUUCUAUUUCCAUCAUCGCGAGUCAGAGUUCCGGUAGAUAUGCUCUUGUAUCCUCACAUGGUGUUAAUAGGUUUUAAAAAGAAUACUGAAGAUCCACCAGCGUGGAAAUGUGGUGGAAGUUUAAUAAGCGAAGAGUGGGUACUAACGGCGGCACACUGUACAAAAGAUCCCAUUUAUGGAACACCAAGAGUAUUGAGGAUCGGCACAGCGACAUUCGAGUUUGACGAAGUCGAAGAAUUGGCACAAGAGAGAAGUAUCGGGGAAGUUGUUUCUCAUCCGGAGUACAAACCACCUUCAAAGUACCAUGAUAUAGCCCUUAUGAGAAGCGACCCGGCGUUUAUACUUAACCGCGACAUAAGGAUUGCUUGUUUGCAGCUGGGUGAUGAUAAUAAGUACGUGAACUUUACAGUCAUCGGAUUCGGCACAACUGUGUCCGGUGUCGCGACAGGCAGUCAGACUUUGAUGAAAGUUGACGUCGAUAUCAUCAAUAACACAGUGUGCAACAAUUCGAUGAGAUAUUUGAUAAGGAGGAAAGUAUUGUCACACGGAAUUACUGAAGAUCAACUCUGCGCUGGCGAUUACGAACAUGGGGGUAGAGAUACGUGUCAAGGUGACUCUGGGGGACCUUUACAAAUUAUGGAAGACAGGGUUGAUUGCAUCAACACAUUCCCGUUGCACACUGUUGUUGGUGUAACAUCAUUUGGAAGAGAUUGUGGUAGAAGAAUGGCACCAGGCGUAUAUACGAGGGUAUCACGAUAUGUAGAAUGGAUUGAGAGUAUUGUGUGGCCGGCUUAA